AUGCAUUCCAUAUCAUUGGUAGGGAACAUGGAAGCCAUAACAGUUUCUCGACCAAAACUUGGAUCUCAACUCUCUCUUUGCUUCCGGACCAUUUUAUUUCCGGUAAGCAAACUCCCUAGCUUCCGGCAGAGAUCAUUUAAGAUUGCCAAGUCUGUUAAAUUGAAGGCCAGUACUACUAUGAGGGACGAUAAUCUAGAAAGUAACCGUCCGUUUAACAAAAUGCCACCUUCUGAAUGGACUCAUCAGUUCCACUCUUUUCCCCUUGAAGUCUCGGAAAUGGAAGCGCUUGAGAGAGAGAUCAAUGCACUAAAGCCGAAAGUGAAGAAUACGUUCAUGUCUUCCCAAGGCAGCAUUGACUCUAUGAAAAAGAGAAUCCUUUUUAUCUAUUUGCUGGUCAGCCUUGGUCUAGCGUAUCAUUUCAAGGAUGAUAUCGACGAGACUCUAAAACAGAGUUUUGAAAACAUAGAUGAUAUGAUGGUCGGUGAAGAUGAUUUGUACACAGUUUCCAUCAUCUUCUGGGUUUUCAGGACAUACGGUCACAAUCUGUCUUCUGAUUUGUUUAAAAGGUUUAAAAUGAGCAAUGGAAAGUUCAAGGAAUCUCUUAUCGGGGAUGCCAAGGGUCUCUCGAGCUUGUACGAAGCUGCACAGUUGAGGACAAAGACAGAUUAUGAAAUGGAGAACGCGUUAAUAUUUGCAUCGUGCCACUUGAAAUCAUUAGCCGCAGAUAGAACAUGCCCAUCUCAUAUCUCAAAGCGUAUACAAAAUGCGCUAGGUCUAUCGCAGCACUGGAACAUGGAAAUAUUGGUCGCAAUAGAAUAUAUCUCAUUCUACGAACAAGAAGAAGAUCAUGACCAACUGCUACUCAAAUUUGCCAAGAUUAAUUUUAAUUUAUUACAGCUUUGUUACAUACAAGAACUCAAAACGGUUACUAAGUGGUAUAAGGACCUAGACUUGGCAUCGAAUUUGCCACCAUACUUUAAAGACAGGAUCGUGGAAAAUCAUUUCCUUGUUAUAGGGAUGUACUUCGAGCCGCAGUUCUCACGGAAGAGGAUUAUGCUUACUAAGUUCUUCACGGUUUCAUUAAUUCUGGAUGACACAUGUGAUAGAUAUGCGUCUCUCUCGGAAGCCGAAUGCCUCGCCAAUAGCCUGGAAAGGUGGGCUCCUAACGAUGACAUGGAAAGACAACCAGAUUAUUUGAGAUUCGUGUUUAAAUUUAUAUUGGAUGUGUUCGACGAGUUUGAAAGGGAUGAGUUAGAAGGAAGAUCUUAUAGUGUUAAAGCCACAAAAGACGAGUUCAAGAGACUCGUAAGAGCCAACGUUGAUCUCCUCAAAUGGGCACGAGCUGGUCGCAUCCCUAGUUUCGAAGAGUACAUGAAGGUUGGUGAGGUUGAAAUCGCAGUGUACUCGACUAUGGCAGCCCUUUUGAUGGGUAUGGGUCAUAUCGCUAAUGAAGAAGCUUAUGAGUGGCUCAAAUCUAGACCACAACUUGUCCAAUCGUUAUGCACAAAAACACGUCUAUUGAAUGACAUGACCGGUUUCGAGGAUGACAUUAGUCAAGGAAAUGUUACUACUGGGGUCAACUGUUAUAUGAAGCAAUAUGGUGUUACCGAAAAGGAAACCAUUAGAAAACUUCGUGAGAUGGUUAGAUACAACGAUACUGUACUGAACGAGGAGUUUUUGAAGAAUACCCAUGUACUAUGGGCGGUUUCAAAGAUAGUCAUCAACUUUACACGAGUGAUAAGUGUUGGAGUAAGCUUGAAGAGCAAGCUUCUAGAAUCUUCUUAA